UAUAUCUAAAUACAUGCGCUAAAUGCGUUUAGUAUCCAUUUCAUUGCGCACCAUGCAUGGCGCAGCAGCGGCAUUCGCAGUAAGUCAUCUGUAGGUAGCCGUUCUCGGAAUGAAUUCUGGUGUCCGAAUCGCCCCCUCUUUUCCGUUCGCCGACAUACAACUGCCGGCGACCUGUAUAUGCCGCCAGUCCGAGGCAAACAAAGCCCAUCUGGCCGAGCGUGGACUGCCAUUGCCUUUAGGUCAAUGUCUGCGAUUGGGCACUAAAAAAGUGCAGUCACCAGAUAGAGGGUAUAUGUGUACAGCCACCCACUUCUCCCUACAGCCAAGCCCAUCCCUCGACAUACUCUGGGGGGCAAGCUUUCUACCGAGAAUGAGCAUGUUUGCUGGGAAAAGGUGGAUGGUGAGCUCACUGAGUGUUUGAUGUCACAACACUGUUGAAUUCCAGUGCCAGCUCACACUGCGGUUUUGUGAUAGGCGGUUAUAUACACUCAGA